CUAGUAUCUAUAAUUUUAUGCGUAUAUCAAACCUGAUUAAACUGUGUGUUGGUUUGUUUAUAUUGGGUGCAGAGAAUCACUCCGUUAUUACAUAUAUUUUAUGUAAGAAGUGUGACGUGUGCUGCGAUACAGAUGAUUUUGUGGGUUACAGUCCUGAUAGGAUACUUCACCUUAAAAUGGUUCUUGGGGAGGUUAAAGGUCAAGAAUUAUGGCGAAAAGUACGUCUUAAUAACCGGAUGUGAUACAGGAUUUGGAAAUCUUUUGGCAAAAAGAUUAGAUGGUUUAGGAUUUCAUGUUAUUGCUGCCUGUCUGAAACAAGAUGCUGCAGCUGAAUUGAAGAACACGUCAUCCGAACGUCUUCAGACACUUCAAUUGGAUGUUUCGUCUGAAGAUGAUAUCAAGUCUGCACUCACCAAGGUACAAUCAAUUUUACCUUCAAAUAAAGGUCUAUGGGCUGUUGUAAAUAAUGCCGGUGUAGGUGGUGCUAUCGGACCUAUCGAAUGUUUAAACAGAAAAGACUACAUGGAUACACUGGCUGUUAAUUUAUUUGGCGUAAUAGACGUCACUAAAAUGUUUUUACCACUGAUAAGAAAGGAAAAGGGAAGGGUAGUUAACAUCGCCAGCAUGCUUGGACGCAUUGCUUUGGUACCGGCACCGUACUGUGUUUCAAAAUAUGGAGUAGAAGCUUUCUCAGAUAGUCUACGACGAGAGGUGUAUCACCAAGGAAUAAAGGUCAGUAUCUUGGAACCGGGAUAUUUUAACACAGAGAUAAUCAACACCCAGCAGGUUUAUAAAAGAUUCCAAGAAGCAUUUAAUCAAGGAGAUUCUGAUUUCCAGCAAUAUUACGGACAGGAGUUUAUUGAUCAAGCUAAGAUGUUGAUUAACAAACUGCCUGAAAAAUCAUCUAAUAAAUUAUUCAAAGUAAUCGAUGCUUACGAACACGCUAUUACUGCCAGAUACCCAAAACCCAGGUACAUCGUUGGAAACGAUGCUAAAUACUUCGUUAGGUUGUUAUGGACUAUCCCAGAAUGGAUGUCGGAUUUUGUUAUUUGUUUAAACUCGCCUCGGCCACAGGGAUCACGAUAGGCCACGUCAAUGAACGUGUCCCAGAGCGAAGAUGACCAUCCGCUCUUGACAACAAUAAGACUGAAUAUUUACGAUUUUGUAAAACUUCUCCAAGGUCAUUAAAAUUGCACUUUCUACAGAAAGCUCUGAUAUUCAUCUAACGAAAUAAUUUAA